GGGUUUGGCGGCGGGGCCGGGCGCGGCGGCGGGCGGCGGUGCGCAGCGCCGAGCCCCGAGCCCCGCGCAGCCCCGAGCCCCGCGCAGCGCCGAGCCCCGCGCAGCCCCGAGCCCCGCGGCGAUGCUGGUGCUGGCGCUGGCGGCGGCGCUGGCGGCCGCGGCGCUGCUCGGGGCGCGGUGGGCGGCGGCGCCGCUGAAGCGCUGGGUCCUGAGCUGCCUCCUGCUCCUCGGCCCCGGCGGCUGGCGGCAGCGGGCGGGCGGCGGCCCCGCGGAGCCCCGGCGGCCGUGCACGCUGCGCUCCGACCCCCACGCGCUGGAUUCGCUUUACUUCACGGGGUUUGCAGAGACCAACAAGACUUUCGUGAUUGCUCGUCUUGCAAGACGUCCCGGUGGCAUCUGCGAAAUGUGGCUCUUCCUCAGAGUGGAUGGAGUAGGAGAGUUUGAACACCCGCAGCAUCCAAACAUGAUGGUGAGCGAUGAGUCUGGAGAGCUUUGGCGUGGCGGAGGGCUCACCAUUGAGUACUUGGAGCCCCAAAACCGCUGGAAAAUAAGCUUCGAGGGACUGCUUAGAAAAGGACCCUAUCGGCAGCAGUGGAGCGAAGAGGCAGGCGAACUUGUACCAGUUAACUUCUCCCUCCAUUGGGAGAACUUCACAGAAGCCUUCAACUUUAGCGUCGACAGUCACCCCCGCACGUUUGCAUGUGCUGUGGCCGAGGAACCAUGGAGCACUGAGUUCUUCCGAAGGCUCAGCAAACAAGGGGAGCAGUUUCGUCAUGAGCAGUGGGGCCAGUCUGUUGGAGAAAUCGAAAUAAAUCAUGAGAAAACAGAACUUUCCCUCAAAGGUGUUCGGAGCCACUCUUACGGUAUCCGGAACUGGUCUGAGAUCUACCGUUAUGUCAUGAUUUUGGCACGCUUUGAGGAUGGGACUGCCAUACAUUUAACAGUUAUUAAUAUGCCAGCAACCACAACCAACCUCACCGUAGGCUACGUCUUUUUCCCCGAUGGGAGGAAGGCUGGGAUUGAGUGGUCCAAUGCCUCGCUGGCCCAGAUGGCUGACGACGGGGUUAUUGGAGAUGAAUACGGAGUCAGUUUUAGUGCCGGUGGCAAGUGCUUUGAUGUGUCUGCCACGCUCGAUAAGCAAGCUCGCCCCGUGGUGUACAACGGCCUUCGCAGGAGCGGAGUGUUUCACGAGUGCAUUGCAGAUUUCCAAGUGAACGGGUUGACGCCAGGCUGGGGCUUGGUGGAGUUUUAUUACAGGGAUGAAGCCACCCAGCCGGUUCCUCACUUGCAGCUGGGCGCAGGAGCCGACUGAGCCGCCGCAUCUGCGAGGAGCUGACGGCACCGGCCCCGGCACCUCGGUCUCCGCUGGCAGCAGCUGGGCACCGGGGUGGAUUUUCAGGAAAAGCCCACUUCUCGCAGCAGCACAUUUAGCAGGUAGCAGGACUUGCUGUGACCUUUUCUGAUGGCUUUGGGAAUUCAGGCAUAUAGUUGAGCUUAUCCCAGCAAUGUUAGCAGGCAGCAGCUUUCCAACUAUUUUAUUCCCUGCAAAAUGCACAGUGUGGAGUGUGGAGCUCCUUGUCACAGGAUGUUGCAGAGGCCAAGAGGAUAAAUGGAUCUGGAAAUAAAUUAGAUAAAUUUUUAGAUGUGCGGCUCUUAAUGGCUGCUAACUGUGCUCGUCUGGAAGCAAUUGAAAGGCGAUCUGUGAACAGCUGAUUGCAGGAAGAGUGCAUGAGAAGGAAUCACUCUCCGCUCUGUCUUCUUCUGGCACUUUUCCUAAGGUAUCAACUGCUCCCCACGGUGAAGACCAGGAAACUGGGCUACAUGGAUCUCUGACCCAAUCUGGCAGUUCUUUGGUUCUUUCAGGUUUGUUUUUGGAAUAAAAUUUCUCUUUCUGAACUCUCCAGUAAUUAGUCAUUAAAAAAUGGGCAUAAUCCCUUCUAACUGUGUGGGAGGCUGAACUAGGAGAAGUAAGAGAAAGCACAUCCGAAUGAGGUGUCCUCUAACACAGUGGCCAACAAAGUAAAUGACACAAGCACUUUUUUCCUCUUGACUGCAGAGAAGCCAGGGUCCCAUAGUCCGAGUUAGAAGAUCAUCUGAAUUUCUCCUCAUUCACUUAAAGUAAGAUGCCAUACUAAUCACAACAUCCCUCUUGGUCCCUGGUAGUAGUUGGCCAAAGGCAACUUCAGUCGAUUCUGCUUAGGCUGCUGCUGAAGGAGAAACGCCACUUCUGAGAAAGUUCUUGCAACUUAUAUAGCAAUGUUAUAUGCAAUAGCAACGUUAUAUGCAAAAGACUACAUAUCUAUCUAGUGCUUGGAUGCAGAAAUAUUGAGCCUGCACAUGCAAUGGCAGUCACUGCAUGUUCGAACUGGGGACGCAUCGUUACCCUAAGGGCUUUGGGCAGAUCAGAGUGUCGCAGGCUCCCGUGCGGCACAUGGCUUCUGUAAGGAGCACAGCCCUCCCGGCCCCUCGCUCCCCAAGGCUGUGGUGUCCCCACGUGAGAGCUGGAGCAUCGGAUGGAGCAGAAUAAUUUCCUCCCAGAGAGCUGUGAAGGAGUUCACUGGUAUGAUGUAAAAGGCGGAUAUGAUGUCAGAGGCUGGUAUGACAUCAGAGGCUGGUGUGAUGCAAGAGGCUCGUGUGAUGUCAGAGGCUGGUAUGAGGUAGCAGGCUGGUAUCAUCAGCACUCUGCUCUGGACCUGUGCGUGAGGACAGAGACAUCUUUCCUCCUUUGUAUUGCUGGGCGCUUUGGUUUCCUUCCACUUCUUUCACUCCAGUCACCUGUCACUGAGCAAUACGCAAAGCUGUCACCUUAGAAUUUGCUCCAAAGAUGUCACUGCAGCCAGUUGUGCCAAACCAGUGAAAUAAAUCACCAUUUUCUAAUUAUUAA